UUGAGAGGAACGACAGACCCUUAGGCCGCACCUGCCAUAGACCCCAAGCGCCCCAGCAGCCAAGUGGGACUGUCAGGAUGUCCAGUGCCCAGAUGCAGGCGGCCCCCACACCGCCCAUGCCGAUGGCCACUGCAGAGGACCUGCCCCUCCCUCCGCCGCCGGCCCUGGAGGACCUGCCGCUGCCACCACCCAAGGAGUCCUUCUCCAAGUUCCACCAGCAGCGGCAAGCCAGCGAGCUCCGCCGCCUCUACAGGCACAUCCACCCUGAGCUCCGCAAGAACCUGGCUGAGGCUGUGGCUGAAGACCUGGCUGAGGUCUUGGGUUCUGAGGAGCCCACCGAAGGCGAUGUCCAGUGCAUGCGCUGGAUCUUCGAGAACUGGCGGCUGGAUGCCAUUGGGGACCAUGAGAAGCCAGUUGCCAAAGAGCCCGUGCCCAGCGGUGACGUCCAGGCCACCUCCCGCAAGUUUGAGGAAGGCUCCUUUGCCAACAGCAUAGACCAGGAGCCAGCCGGACCUCGGCCAUCCGGAGGGGACGUUCGGGCAGCCCGCCAGCUGUUUGAGACAAAGCCACUGGAUAAGCUGACGGGUCAGGCUGACGAGGCACCAGAGGCAACUGUGAGGGAGCCUGCGGCCAGUGGAGAUGUCCAGGGCACCAGGAUGCUCUUUGAGACUCGGCCGCUGGACCGCCUGGGCUCCCGCCCCUCCCUCCAGGAGCAGAGUCCCUUGGAGCUGCGCUCUGAGAUUCAGGAGCUGAAGGGCGACGUAAAGAAGACAGUGAAGCUGUUCCAAACGGAGCCACUGUGCGCCAUCCAGGACGCAGAAGGCACCAUCCACGAGGUCAAGGCUGUUUGCAGGGAGGAGAUCCAAAGCAACGCGGUGAGGUCAGCUCGUUGGCUCUUUGAGACCCAACCUCUAGAUGCCAUCAACCGGGACCCCAGCCAGGUGCGGGUGAUCCGGGGGAUCUCCCUAGAAGAGGGGGCCCAGCCUGAUGUCAGCGCAACUCGCUGGAUCUUUGAGACGCAGCCCCUGGAUGCCAUCCGGGAAAUCCUGGUGGACGAGAAGGACUUCCAGCCAUCCCCAGACCUUCUCCCUCCUGGUCCAGAUGUUCAGCAGCAGCGGCAUCUGUUUGAGACCCGAGCGCUAGACACUCUAAAGGGGGAAGAGGGUGCUGAGGCAGAGGCCCCACCCAGAGAGGAAGUGGUCCCUGGUGAUGUCCGCUCCACCCUGUGGCUAUUUGAGAUGAAGCCCCUGGACACUCCCAGAGACAAGGUCCAAGUGGGUCUCCUGCAGCGGGUGGGUCCCCAGGAGGGUGAGGGGCUCACGUAUAGCUCCUCAGCACUGUCCCUCUCUCCAAGUGCCCCCCAGAAGGAUGGGGUGAAGGGGGAUGUGAAGACUUUCAAGAACCUUUUUGAGACCCUUCCCCUGGACAGCAUAGGGCAGGGUGAGCCUUCUACCCCCAGGAGUGUGAGCACAGUAGAAGCAGCUGAUUCUGCUGGGCAGUCCCAGGACACAGGGUCCCCAGUGUAUGCCAUGCAGGAUGGCAAAGGCCACCUCCAUGCCCUGACCUCUGUCAGCAGAGAGCAAGUAGUCGGAGGUGAUGUGCAGGGCUAUAGGUGGAUGUUUGAGACACAGCCCCUAGACCAGCUGGGCCGAAACCCCAGUACCGUCGACGUGGUGCGGGGCAUCACCCGGCAGGAAGUGGUGGCUGGAGACGUGAGCACUACCCGGUGGCUCUUUGAGACCCAGCCCCUGGAAGUAAUCCACCAGCGGGAGCGGCAGGAACGACAGGCAGAAGAAGGAAAGAGUCAGGAAGAUUCCCAGCCUGAGGCACCCCCCAAAGGUGACGUGCAGACCAUCCGGUGGCUGUUCGAGACAUGCCCAAUGAGUGAGUUGGCAGAGAAGCAGGGGUCAGAGGUCACAGAUCCCACAGCUAAGGCCGAGGCACAGUCCUGCACCUGGAUGUUCAUGCCCCAACCCCUGGACAGGCCAGAAGGCUCCAGGGAGCAACACUUGCAGGUUAGCCAGGUCCAGGCUGGAGACAGACAGACAGACAGACACGUCUUCGAGACUGAGCCUCUGCGGGCGUCAGGCCGUCCCUGUGGAAGAGGGCCUGUGAGGUACUGCAGCCGAGUGGAGAUUCCUUCAGGGCAGGUAUCUCGUCAGAAGGAGGUUUUCCAGGCCCUGGAGGCAGGCAAGAGGGAAGACCAGGGGUCAAGGGCGAUCCCUGAGCCCAUCCCAGCGGGCUCUGUGCACAAGUUCACCUGGCUCUUUGAGAAUUGCCCCAUGGGCUCCCUGGCAGCUGAGAGCAUCCGAGGGGGCGACCUCCAGGAAGAGCAGCCAGUGGGCCUGUCAGGCGGAGUGCUGGAGAGGCAGGAGACAGCAGCCGAGGGGACCCUGCGGACUCUGUAUGCCACGCCCGGCAUCCUGCACCAUGGAGGCAUCCUUAUGGAGGUCCGAGGGCCAGGAGAGCUCUGCCUUGCCAAGUAUGCGCUCCCAGGCCCAGGGCAGGGGGCCCCUCACAUACGGAAGGAGGAGCUGGUGUCUGGCGAGCUUCCCAGGAUUGUCCGCCAAGUGCUGCAGCGGCCGGACAUCGACCAGCAGGGGUUGCUGGUUCAGGAGGACCCAGCAGGCCAGCUCCGGCUCAAGCCCAUGAGGCUUCCAGUUCCAGGCAGCAGCAGGAAUGUGGAAGAUCUGGACCUAGAGUUCCAGCAGCUGCUAGCUUGUGGCUUGGGCACCUCAGUGGCGAGGGCUGGGCUGGUGAUGCAGGAAACAGAGCAGGGCCUGGUCUCACUGACCGCCUACUCCCUGCAGCCCUGGCUCACCAGCAGGGCCCCCGAGAGGAGCAGUGUGCAGCUGCUGGCCAGCUGCAUAGACAAAGGAGACCUGAGUGGCCUGCACAGCCUGCGGUGGGAGCCACCGGCUGACCCAAGUCCAGUGCCAGCCAGUGAGGAGGUCCAGAGGCUGCCUCUGACUGAGAGCAUCAUUCAUGUUCCCCCACUGGACCCCAGCAUGGGGAUGGGGCAUCUGAGAGGCCCAGGGGCCACCCCCUGUCCUCCAUGGACCAUUGGAAAGGCAGUCCCCCUGGCUGACAAAGAAAAGCAAGACAACAGUUGUACUGGGCAGGAAGGGAUAGAAGCUCUGGGAAAGUCAGAAGGACCCACGACUACACCCCCAGGGCCCGGAGUGGCAGACUUCCAGGCAGCCAUGCAGAGUCUGAGGACGGCAACCGCCGAGGCCCAAAGCCUGCACCAGGAAGUUCUGAGCAAGCACAUGCAGGGCCUCACCCCUGGAGCUAUCUCCAUACCCUCCCAGGACCGUCUUCUGCAAACCCCGGCCUCGGCCAUUGGGACUGCUCAAAGCUAUGCCAGGCCUAUGGCUGGAGGUGACCCCAGGAACCCAGCAGCCCCCAGAAAGGUCAGUGGGGAACAGAAAGGACUGCCUAGAGGGCUGCCUGGGGGGCGGGUAACUAUUCAUGACGGCAUCUACACUGCUCACCCUGUGAGGACCUGUGACUUACCUGGGGGUGCUCAGCCCUCUGAGAGGGAGCACCUGCCAAGGGGCAGGGAGACUGCCCUCUCGGCCCAGACUUCCAGCCCACCCCAAGAAUGCCCAGGUCUGAGUCUUGGGCCAGGGCGGGAAGAGCCUGGGGGCUGCACACAGAGGGCCAGGGGGCCUCCAGAGAAAGCCACGGAGGGAGUCGGCCCAGGAGGCCUCCACGCUGCAGAGACCACCCUGAAAGCUGCCUCUUUAGCCCACCACACUCUGGCCUCUGGGCCUCAGGCUGCAGGUGCCAGCCUGCACUCCCAUAAUGCCUCUGUUCCUCCCCCUCCUCUCCCAGCUGCUGUGACGGGACCUGACUUCCCAGCCCAAGCCCACCAUGAUGAGGACUCCACCCGGCAGGCUUCCGAGCCCCUGCAAGACCCCCUUCUCUACUCCCACAGCAGCCCUGCCGGCCAAAGAAGCCCUGGGGAGUCACAGACAAAGACCCUGAAACUGGAGCCCACCUUGACCCCCAGGAAGAAGCCCCAGCUGCCCCCCAAACCUGCACACCUAAGCCUGAUCCCCCCUCCUCGGAGGCUGCCCAAGUCAGCUCUGUCUCCCAGCUCCUCCCAAGGAGAAUCCAAACAAGGCGAGACAGAUGCAGCCAUGCCUCGGCCAGCCAUGGUCCCCGUCACUACAGGCCAGGGCGGCAUAUCUCUGGCUGGAUGUUCCAGUGGUCAGAGCCAGCUGGGCUCCCAGCAUGGCCUCAGCACUAUGGCCCCUAGGCCAACCAAGAGUCAGGCUGUGGGCAGCAACGCCCAGAGCCCUGAGCCCCGCAAGCUCUCAGCUCUCUGCAGUGACCCCACCUCACCGCAGCAGGAUGCCAGCACCCCAGGAGAGAAGCCGGUGGAAAGUUCCCAGCAGGGGGCCCCUGAGAGCCCUGAGACUCAGCAGGGAAGCCAGCAAGAGCUCCAGGACCUCCUAAGCCAGGUGCAAGCCCUGGAGAAAGAGGCCGCAGGCAGCGUAGAUGUGCAGUCGCUGAGGAAAAUCUUUGAAGCUGUGCCCCAGAUAGGAGGGGCCCUUGAGGCUCCUGCUGCCCCCCAUAAGCCUGAGGCCUCAAUGGAGCAGGCCUUUGGGGAGCUGACGAGGGUCAGCGCAGAGGUGGCCCGGUUGAAGGAACAGACCCUGGCCAGGCUGCUGGACAUUGAGGAAGCUGUGCACAAGGCCCUCAGCUCCAUGUCUAGCCUCCAGCCUGAGGCUAACACCAGGGGCCAUUCCCAAGGACCCCCAAAGGACCAUAGUGCCUACAAGGUCAGUGUCAUAGACAGCAGUAGAGCCAGGUCCAACUGCUCAGGCCAGGAGGUCAGGGGUCAAACUGCAGUCAAGAGCCAAACCGAGGUGACAUGCCAUACUGAGGUCCAGAGUCAAGCCAAGGUCAGAAAUCACACAGAGGCCAGAGGUCCCGUAGUCUCAGCCUCCCCUUCCACCAGGAGUUUGGAGACAUUGAGAGACGAUUCGGGCCUCUCUCCGGUCUUGCCUUCUAGCAGAGAUGCACCCUCCUCCCCAACCUUCAUCUCCAUUAAGUCAGCCACAAGGAAGCUUCCAGAGGCUCCCAGCCCCAGGGGCAGCCCAGACACCUCAGUGAAAAGCGUACACCUGGCCCAGGAUGUGAGCCAGGCCCUGCUCCAACGGAAAGGUGUUGGAGAUGAGGCCAGGAAAAAAGAAGUCACCCAAUGCUCUGGACAGCCCGAGCCCACCCCUGCCCCUGCCCCAGCCCCAGCCAGCUCCCUGCCCAGCGGGCGGCAGAAGAGUGUUCUGGAGCUCCAGACUGGGCCUGGUGGCUCGCAGCACUGUGCAGCCAUGAGAACAUUGACUGAGCAGUAUGAGGAGGUGGACCAGUACGGGAACUCAAUCCUCGCAUCCUGCACCACGGUCAUGGAGCAGGCAGGGCCCCCCAGGGGCCCAGGGCCCCACCUGGAGCUCCAAGCCUCCCCCUUGUUAAAGCAGUUCCUGUGCAGCCCCACCGGGCUCAGUGGAGGCCUGGUGGAAGCUGGGAGGGAGCCGGUGCCCUGUGGCCACUCGCAGCCUGCCGCCCAGUGA